AUGGGAUUGCUGGCGGAAGAGAGGAGAAAUUCCUCUCCGCCAGCAUCGAAGGAAGGAGGGAAACCACAAAAGGGGCCAUGGGGGAAAGUGAUUGACGGGUUUUGCAUCUGCCUGAAUAUUGCCAGUACAGUUAUACUGGUCUUUUUGAACAACUGGAUAUUAAAAGACAAGCAACUCAAAAACAUGCAAAUAUUGUUCGCCAUGUGGCAUUUCACUUGCACAUCGAUCGUCUUAUGGGUAGCGAGCAGGUCGCCCUUCAACCUCUUUGUGCCAAUACGACUCCCGUUCCUGCAGAUGAUACCUCUCUGCGCCUUCUUUGCAGGAUUCCUCGUUCUUGGAAACUUGAGUUUGGCAUACAAUUCAAUUGGCUUCUACCAGUUAGCCAAAAUCAUGACUACGCCCUGCGUCGCAGUCCUACAAUACUUCUUCCUCGGAAAAUCAAUAUCAGGGGCUACAAUCGGUGCUUUAGCCAGUCUCUGUAUUGGCGUUGCUCUUACAAAUUCCGGAGCAACCGGAACCACAGCGCUGGGUGUAUCGAUAGCAGUUGCUGCUUUCACAGUUACAGCAUUCUACCAAGUGUGGAUCGGGAAGAAGAUGAAGGACUUCGCGGUCUCAAGUCCACAGCUGUUGUUGAACCAAGCCCCAAUAUCCGUUUUACUGCUGGCUUUUCUGGUUCCGUUCUUCGACACUGUUCCGGACUUCUCAAUUAUACCGAACGACACGCUCAUCGCUUUGUUUUUGUCUGGUCUUGCGGCAGCGGCUCUAAACCUCUCCCAAUUCCUGAUCAUCGGACGAAUGAGCGCGCUAACUUUCAACGUCGCUUCAAACGUCAAAACAAUCAUCAUCCUCACAUACGGCUGGAUGAGCGAAGGAAGGAUGCUCACAGCAAAAGAUGCGUUAGGUAUCAUUCUCGCGCUUGGAGGCGCUACAUUAUAUAGCCAGCUCUCCCAACGAUGA